UCACUUAUUCCCAUCAGUCAUCGAGGUACAUGUCGAUUGCCCCGUUGGCAUCCUCGACUGCAUCCCUAUCUAGAGAGGGCGGGAUUGCACAAUUUGAGGCACUUUAUGAGGCUAGAUAUUGACAACGAUCUGCUGACGGCAAUGGCAGAGCGAUGGCGCCCUGAGCUGCAUACCUUCCACUUUCCCGAGGGUGAAAUGACGAUCACCCUCAAAGAUGUUGCCAUCCUCACCGGGCUCCCGAUCACCGGAGAUGCCAUCAUCGACAGCUCGAGAAAACCAGAAGAUGGUUGGGGGCCAUUGAUUCAGGAACGUCUGGGGUUCAACAUGCCGACCACCACGCCCGUCGAAGGGGUUGGGCAUCCACCACUGAAUGCGGGGCAAGUAUCGAUCCCGUGGCUUGUUGACCACAUCCAAUUGGAGGUUAAUAUAGGCCUGGAUACUCCUGAAGAUCAGGUGGAGCGGUAUGCACGUGUAUACCUAAUUGCCUUGGUUGGUGGGUUUCUGUUCCCCGACAAGUCAAAUAAGUGGAUACAAGGCAUGUGGUUCCCUAUGCUCCUCGGUGACUGGGACGAGAUCGGGAGAAAAAGUUGGGGGUCGGCCGUCUUGGCUGGAAUCUACCGAGAGUUGUGUACUUGCUCGAGGUUGGGAGCGAAACAAGCUGGUGGUGCGAUGUUCAUACUUCAACUCUGGGCAUGGGAGCAUCUUCCGUUUCUCGCACCUCAAGACCCUCGGGAAUUCUGGUUGCCAGAUGAUGAGCUACGAUUUGUAGCAAAUCCCCCAUAUGGUUUCAAGUGGAUCGGAGCAAAUACUAACGACCACCAGGCCGAGCACUCUUUACUGUUUUAUCGUGCUGAAUUUGAUAAGCCUUGGUGGAACCAGGCGGUAUGGGAUCCAUAUCCAAAUGAAGUGGUUGAGUUGCAUCGUCUUAGACAUCCCGAGGAUCAAGAGACAUGGUUGUGCAAGGUGCCCUUAAUCUGCUGGCACAUGGUGGAGUGGCACCUGCCCGAUCGAUCUUUGAGGCAAUAUCGAUUGGAGCAACCAAUUCCAGCAUCCCCACCUCAAGGGUUCAGGGAGCUCCACGCCAUUGACCUACGCUACAACAAAAAGGAUUGGACCCGCAAACAUGAAUUCUACAUCAACAUAUGGGAGAAUAGAAAUCAGUGGGUGGUCCAAGGGGCGCCGGAGACAAGGCCAAUGGGGUACCACGAUGGCUACAUGCGGUGGUAUCGGCACUUCACGCUAAGAUGGGUGUCAAAGCAAGGUGCUGUUUGGGGCGCAGUGGUUGACGGUUUGGAGCAUGCGAAGCACACCGUCGAGAGUGCACCCACCAUGGAUGAGCGGAAGACAUCUUUUUUGCGCAGGCUUUUCAACAACUUGCUCUGUUGUACCAGAGAGCAAAGGAGGGAUGUCAUAUUAUACCCUCCAGUGCCUGCUCCGGCCCGACCUUCAUUCCGUGCUGAUGAGAGGAUUGUGCCCCCAGAAGAGCCCCCACGGAGGAGCAGAAGAAGGGUGAGAGAACACAUUGAUGAGCUUCGUCCGUCUCAGCAAACUCAACUUCCUCAACCAUGGCCACAUUGUGAGUGGGCUACUAGUACUGAGGGAACCGGAGGGUCGUCAAGCUAUGCCCCGACGAUGGAGCAUGACAUGUUCACCCAAGCCACCCCUCAGUUCCACCAUCAGCAACAAACUACUCAGUAUCAGACCCCGCAACAGCAACAUACAUCAUCGACUUUCUACCACACUUCUGGUCCAACUCAGCAACCUCCACCCCCACCACCUGUCUACACUCCGGUGGGUGGUCGGGUUAAGAGGAAUCCGCGCGCAGUUGUCCAGCGGGCUCGUGAAGAAGGAGGAGGAGGUAGAGAGGGCGGAAGAAGGGGCCGAGGAGGUCGUGGAGGAAGAGGAAGAGGAAGAGAAGGGGAAGUGGAGGGAAAUGAAGACAACCAGUGAACUAUCUAUGUCGUUCUAAUUUAGUUCCAUCUUUUUUUGUUUUCCAUGAACUAUCCAUGUCGUCUAAAUUUGGUUUGGGGCUUGUGUUGUUUUCCAUGAACUAUCUAUGUUUCUAAAUUUGGUUUCGGAUUGUGUUGUUUUCCAUUAACUAUCUGUCGGCUAAAUUUUGUUGGUUUUUA